CAUACUCUGUUGAACUGUAGAGCGGAGGCCUCCCCUGGAUGAGCUGGCGUUGCAGCCACCCUUUCCCUUCCACGCUUCACCGCUCGAGAUAGUCCAGAUUUCCAAUCCCAAGUUUGUAAUCCAGAGUGAUAGCCACGGAUAGAUGCGCCGAACAUCUGCCACACAGCGAUACCGAAUGAGUCAAUCCAAGACCAUGAGUAUUAGCAAGCACCACGUCAUGCCCUACGGUGCGUAGCUCAGAACUUUUGCAUGUGGGCCUCUCGUAUAGGCAUGGUAGGAAGGGUGAAAUAGAAUAUAUACCUGCAGCAUUUCCCCCCCAACAACAACAUCCACUCCACUUUUCAAUCCCAACAUCCAAAUUAUCUCAAACUUGGACUAUACAUUCUAGAGAACUCAAUACUCCACGAUACCCAACAAAAAAAACUAUAUCCAACACCACAGCAAUGCCGUCGUUCACAGUCUUCAAGGGCUCCAAGGAUGGAAAGAUCGUCAAGAGCGAGACCACAAAAGACGAACUCACAAGCGACCAAGUCCUCGUCAAAGUCACUGCUUCAGGUCUCUGCGGCACAGAUGAACACUACAGGCACGCCGACAUGGGCCUCGGCCACGAAGGCGCAGGCGUAGUCCAGAAAGUCGGGCCCGCGGUCAGGAAACUGAAGGAGGGAGACCGCGUCGGCUGGGGGUACGAGCACAACUCGUGCGGCUCAUGCACAUGGUGCCUUACAGGGCGCGAGACCUACUGCCCUGAGCGCGAGAUGUACGGCUACGCCAACCUGGACCAGGGUAGCUUUGCGUCCCACGGCGUGUGGAGAGAGUCUUUCCUGUUCAAGAUCCCCGAUGCGUUGACGGAUGCUGAGGCCGCGCCGUUGAUGUGCGGUGGUGCUACUGUUUUCAACGCGCUGCACACGUACAACAUCAAGUCCACCGACCGUGUUGGUGUCAUCGGCGUGGGUGGCCUCGGCCAUCUGGCUAUCCAGUUCGCCGCGCGCAUGGGCUGCGAUGUUGUCGUCUUCUCUGGCUCGGACAGCAAGGAGAAGGAGGCGAGGCAGUUGGGCGCGAGCGAGUUCAUCUCCAUGAAGGGCAAGAAGGAGCUAGAUAUCGGCCGUAAGCUCGAUGCGCUGCUGGUCUGCACAAGCUCUCUUCCUGACUGGUCUCUUGUGCUCCCCGUCAUGGGCCCAACAAGCAUCAUCUUCCCCCUCACCGUCUCGGACGGCAACUUUGAGAUCCCCCACAUGGGCCUUGUCGCACAGGGUAUCACCGUUCAGGGAUCCGUUGUCGCUGCGCGUGCGGUUCACCAGCAGAUGCUCACCUUUGCCGCGCAGCACGGCAUCAAGCCCAUCAUGAUGAAGUUCCCCAUGACCGAGUCCGGUAUUGAGGAGGCCAUGCAGACGCUGGCAGACGGAAAGAUGCGCUACCGUGGUGUGUUGGUACCGCAGUAGGUGCAGACUAAAGAGGAGGAAUGAUAUCAAUUAUGAAAUGUAAUGAUUAUGGAAAGGGACGGGACAGGAUUUGGACUAGGUCUACGUAGUGCUUGCUUUUUGAGCAGAUGAUACCAAUGAAGAGAUGGCAACUUUCCAAGAAUCAGUACACGUUCGACGUGUUUGAACUUUCUCAAUAUGCUCUAAGCAAGUAUUUAUGUGACCGC